CGAAGGGACGAACGAGCCGCGCGAGCUGGGGGCGCUCAUUCGUCGCCGAGGUGCGGUCUGGUGCGCGUGCGCCCGCGCGGAAGAGGAAAAAAAUAAAAAAAAAAGAAUAAAUUUUUGUCUCUUUAAUAUUCGGCGGAGAAACAAUCAGUGAUGGCCGAGGCACAUCAGGCAGUAGCGUUCCAGUUCACCAUAACCGCAGAGGGUAUUGACCUGCAGCUCUCUCACGAGGCACUGAGGCAGGUCUACCUCUCCGGCCUUCGCUCCUGGAAGAAACGUGUUGUGCGUCUGAAGAAUAACGUGAUCACGGGUGUGUAUCCCGCCAGUCCGUCCUCAUGGCUCUUUGUGGUUAUAGCCAUCCUGGCCACCAUGUACACGCGAUCGGACCCGUCCAUGGGCCUCAUCGCGAAGAUCCAGGAGCACCUCCCUGCCAGCGGCUCGAUGAGCCUGCAGUGUCAGACGGUUGUCUCGGCUGUGGUGUUCAGCACUCUGCUCUGGCUCUCCCUCAUCUUCACCAUGAAGCUGUGCCUGAAGCAGCUGCUCUCGUACCACCGUUGGAUGUUCGAGCAGCACGGCAAAGUGUCCACCACCACCAAGAUCUGGGUGAUGCUGGUGCGGAUCUUCUCUGGCCGUCAGCCGCUGCUGUAUAGCUACCAAGGUUCUCUGCCUAAUCUACCAGUGCCUGCUGUGAAGGACACUGUCAAAAGGUACAUGGAGUCCGUACGUCCUCUGAUGACCGACCCGGAGUUCGAGAGAAUGACGGCUCUAGCCAGAGAAUUUGAACUCAGUCUCGGGAGCCGCCUCCAGUGGUACCUCAAGCUCAAGGCCAUGUGGGCCUCCAACUACGUGAGUGACUGGUGGGAGGAGUACAUCUACCUGAGAGGCCGUGGCCCCAUCAUGGUGAACAGCAAUUAUUAUGGCAUGGACUAUAUGUUCGUGACCCCGACUCCGAUCCAGGCAGCCCGAGCGGGGAACACGCUACACGCUCUCCUCCUGUACCGCAGGAAACUCAACAAAGAGGAAAUCAAACCCAGUCGCAUCCCUGGCACUUUCAUUCCUCUGUGUGCAGCUCAGUGUGAGAGGAUUUUCAACACCACACGAACCCCAGGAGUUGAGACGGACACCGUGGUGCACUGGAACGACAGCGAGCACGUGGCCGUGUACCACAGGGGGCGCUAUUUCCGUCUGUGGCUCUACCAGGCAGGCAGGAUGUUGACGCCACGCGAGAUCGAGCAGCAGAUCCAGCGUAUCCUGGACGACAAGUCCGCCCCAGCGCCGGGCGAGGAGAAGCUGGCGGCGUUGACUGCAGGGGACAGAAUUCCAUGGGCUCAAGCCAGGAAGGAGUUCUUCAGCUCUGGCAAGAACAAGAGAUCUCUGGACUGUAUCGAGAAAGCCGCGUUCUUCGUCACUCUAGAAGACGAGGAGCAAGGCAUGAUGGGAGACGACCCGGGCGCCAGUAUGGAUCGCUACGCCAAGUCUCUCCUUCACGGAAAAUGUUACGACAGGUGGUUCGAUAAGUCCUUCACUGUGGUGCUCUACAAGAACGGGAAGAACGGCCUGAACGCGGAGCACUCCUGGGCCGACGCCCCCAUCGUCUCGCACAUGUGGGAGUACGUCUUGACUAUGGACAGCUUCCAACUGGGCUACAAUCAAGAAGGACACUGCAAAGGGGAUGGAAAUCUGUCUCUGCUCUACCCUCAGAGACUGUCCUGGGACAUUCCCUCGCAGUGUCAGGAGGACAUCGCCCGCUCUCUCUCGGUAGCGCAGGUCCUGGCCGACGACGUCGACUUCCACGUUUUCGCCUACCGCGAUUUCGGCAAAGGCAGCAUCAAGAAGGUCCGCAUGAGUCCCGACGCGUUCAUCCAGCUAGCGCUGCAGCUAGCCUACUACAGGGACCGGGGGAUGUUCUGUCUGACGUACGAGGCGUCCAUGACACGUCUGUUCCGCGAGGGACGGACCGAAACGGUGCGCUCGUGUUCCAGCGAGAGCUGCGCCUUCGUCAAAGCGUUCCACAACGGAGAGUCGGCGGACGCGUGCCGGCGUUUGUUGCGCACUGCGGCGGAGAAGCACCAGAUGCUCUACCGGCUGGCCAUGACGGGGGAGGGUAUCGACCGCCACCUCUUCUGCCUCUACGUCGUCUCCAAGUACCUGGGGGUCGAGUCGCCUUUCCUCAAAGAGGUGUUGUCCGAGCCGUGGCGUCUCUCCACCAGUCAGACUCCCUUCCAGCAGGUGGAGCUGUUCGACCUCGUGAAUCACCCCGACUACAUCACAUGCGGAGGAGGGUUUGGACCUGUGGCUGACGACGGAUACGGCGUCUCCUACAGCAUAAUCGGAGAGAAGAUCAUCAGCUUCCACGUCUCCAGCAAGCGCUCGUGUCCUCAGACCGACUGCCAUAAGUUCGGCGCGGCGAUCCGGAAGGCGCUGCUGGAUCUGCUGCAGCUGAUGAUGGACGAGAAGAAGGAAGCUCCUGCCAGCGAGCAGAACCACGCGGCGAAGAAAUCGCUGUGAAGUGCCAGAGUUCGGUGCAGGAAGAUUGUGUUUUUGUUUGUUUGUUUGUUUGUGUGUUGUAGAACGACACAAGGGAAUAGAGGCAGACUUGAAUCCCAGGUGAUUUAGAAGGUGAAGAUGGAGAAGAUCAGACAGUCUGGUCCUGUCUAGAAGGUUUUAGGAGAUGAGGAGGAUAGGGAUUAUCGUAGGGGGUCAAAUCCGGUUCACACAUCUGGAUCUUUCAAUUGGAGCAUAAAAAGAAAAAACUAAAGGUUUGGAGAUCACACACACACACACACACACACACACACACACACACACACACACACACACACACAUGAAUAGCUAGCUAUUAGCCUGCAUGCGUAUAUACCGUUUGAGAACUAGUUUAGGAUUAGAUCGUGUAUCAUGCUUGAUUUUCGUUACAUUCGUUUCAACAAACAAACAAACAAACAAAUAUAUUUAAAACAACAAACAAACCCAAACCUUCAGUGUAAUCAGACCGUUUAUACGGCGCUGUGGGUCACAUGACCAAGACAAGAACGUACCCAGAAAAAGGAACCAAGGGAGAAAUGUGUUUUUGUUUGUUUGUUUGUUUGUUUGUUUUUUCAGGUCAUGGACAAUCCAAACCUCGCUCUUACACACUGGAAUGUAUAACUGUACAUGUGUUUGAAUAGGAACUGAUUUUAUAUCUCCUUCUUUUUUUUUUUUUUAUACAUUAUAUCAGCAAAAGUUUGUCCCAAGUACCGCAUGUGCUUUUCCACAUUCAAUCCUUCCAGAUUUCCGUGUUCAUCAGCCGCAAGGGCGUCGGUAAAGUAUUGGGUACUGGAGACCCCGGGGGGGUGCAGUCAGCGUUCCCGUUCAUCCUAAAGUUGUUCAGUAGGAGUUUAGAGCUCCACAGCAGAAGAUCUUUGUGCAUUACCAGAUUUGUGGUCACAUUUGGGUCAAUACUUUUAUGUCCGGAUGUAGUGCGUGUACACCGUACGGCUGAAAGGUUCUGGACGCAAAUCACGAUCCACCACACUAGAUUCCGCAGCAGGAGAUCCUCCGACCCCACGUCCAAAAGCGUCACGAAGCCGGCUUCGCGCGCUAAUCUCACAGGUGUCCGAAUGCUUUUGGCCGUACAGUGUACGCAUAUAAAUGUGUGUGUACAUGUAUAUUAAGGAUCGAUGUUAUUGCAACGUUUUUUUUUUUCUUUUCGGCGAAAGUCGGACCUCGCAUUCGGAUCUGGUGGAACUCAUCGCUCCGGACCCUCCGUUACUUGAAACGCUGUUGUUUUUGUUUUGACCCGCACUUGAAACCUUAACAGUAUGAGACGACACGAUUCAAUUCUACUCGAGCGUUUUUUUGUUGUUGUUGUUUUUCCGGACAGUAAAAACGCAUGACGGUCAGUAACACGCGACGUCACGAUCGCACCCGAGGAGGCCGCGGAGCCGUGGUCUCGGUGACGGUGCCGUCGUGUUUUUUUUUUUUUUAAGCGUAAAUGAAGAUUUUCUAAGAAGGAGAGAAGAAUGAAGGUCGAGAAGUUUUUAAAAAAAAAAGUUCAGCACUUUUGAUUGCCGUUGAGACCGUUUUUGUUUUUGCUUCACAUAGGAAUAGUUUUCUUUUAGUAUUAUUACUAUUAUUAUUAUUAUUAUUAUUACACUAAAGGUUUUUCCACUAUUUCCUUUUACUCUCGUCUUAUAAACUGAAUAACCACUUGUUGUUGUUGUUGUUGUUGUUGUUGUUUACUCAUUGAUGUCAUGAUUAAACCAGUAUAGACGUUGUAAUGUAUUUAGCUCACACUAUAAACAGCACUUGAUUAUAUCCUUCUUAGGCCAGUAGGGGGCAUGUUUUUCCUGUCUUCUGUGCGGUAUGGAGUUAGUCUUUUCUUUCUUUCCUCACUCUAGCAGGUUGUAUUUUAUACGUCCUCUGUGAACCCAAAAUUGUGAACUCAUGAUAUCUUUUUUUUUUUUUUUUUUUUAAAUAAAAAGAGAUUGAAGCACACACACA